CUGCUUUAACAGCAAGAGGAAGCCACGUUUGCUUUGCCAAUGGUCUCGGCAAGCAGGAAUUCAGGGGACACUGGCCUCCAGAUGGCCCGGAACUCCCUGCACUAAGUUCUAGGGGCACGACACCCAUUGGUAGCCAUGAUGCUCACCAAGAUUGUGCUGGCGGUGUCGGCAUUGCCGCUGUUGAGGGCAGCGUCGCCCGCCGUGGAGGUGACAGAGUUGCCGGGACUCGUCGAACCGAUCAACUUCAGGCAUUACUCGGGCUUCCUGCACGGUGCCGAAGGCCGAAUGCUUCACUACUGGUUCCUGGAAAGCGAGCGCUCUCCGACCGAGGAUCCGGUGCUGCUGUGGAUGAAUGGAGGACCCGGAUGUAGCUCACUCGUUGGUCUUUCCAUGGAGCUGGGUCCGUUCCGAAUCGAUCCUUCGGGCGUGAACGUAACCUUGAACCCGUUCAGCUGGAACAAGGUUGCGAACGUGAUAUUCCUUGAGGUUCCGGCGGGGGUCGGUUACUCGUACGACCCUUCCGGGAGCAACUCCAGUGACGACUUCCAGGCCACGGAAGACAACUACCGGGCGGUACUGGAGUUCUUCGACAACUUCCCUCAGUUCAGGCAGAACGAGUUCUACGUGACUGGCGAGAGCUAUGCCGGCGUUUUCGUUCCCCUGCUUACUCAACGGCUCCUCGAGCAACCCCACGGGAUAAACCUCAAGGGUUACGCCAUCGGCAACGGGGCGGUGGAUUUCGAGAUUCACGGCAAGGCGAUCAUGUUUUUCGGCUACUACCACGGCCUCUUCGGAGACGACCUUUGGGACGACGUCACGACGCAUUGCUGCAAUGGUACUGUCUCGAAGGAGACCGUGCGAUUUCGCCUGGUACACCCACGACCCAACUGCGUUGACCCAGUGAACGUCGCUUACGAUAUCAUCCUAGAGGAAGGGCUGAACUUGUACAACCUCUACGUGCCAUGUGAAAUUAAAACGCUACCACGAGAACUGCUGUCGAGGCGGCAUCCGGAGAUCACCAGCCAAUACGCAACGAAGAAGCUUCUGACCAAGACACUCGGCCUGCGAACCUCGGACAGUGACGCAGACCAUAACUGCUACAACCAGGACAACUUGCUGCUCUACUACAACAGACGUGACGUCAUCGAAGCGCUGCACGUUGAGCAGACUCCUCAUGUGUGGGUGCCGUGCUCAAAAGUCCUAAACUUCACCGAGGAGCACUUGACCAUGCGGGAGGUAGUCCAACAACUGCAGGCCCAAUCUGGCCAUCUCAAAGCGCUGAUCUAUCACGGCGACGUUGACAUGGCCUGCCCUUUCCAAGGAGGCGAAUGGUUCACUCGCAGCUUGGGAUAUAAGAGCACCUCGCUGUACAGGAUGUGGCACGUCGGACCACUCAUUGCCGGUUUCGUGGAGAACUUCGCCAACAACAUCACUUUCGUCACCGUAAAGCGUGCUAACAGCGUUCACGCUUUUGGAAAGAGUGCCCACAUUUCAGCCUUGCGCCACGUGUCACGUUCAAGGCCGAGUGUCAAGGGCUACUGUGGAGGACGUCAGAACAGGGAUGUCUACGUAGACAAGCAGCGUCAAGGGUGCCGGCCACAUGGUUCCGAUGGACAAACCGCUGGAAUCACUGGUGAUGAUAACCAACUUUCUUACAAACCAGACGUUCAAAUGAAAAAAAAAAUUGAAAAGUUAAAAUGGUAAGGAUUUGCAAAGUGCAAUAAAAAGCGUGGUUUCCGUUCA